UCGAUCGAACUCAAUCGAGUUUAUCGACAAGAAUUGGUACUCUAUUCCAUCGAAAAUUCAAAAAUCGAAAUGGAGUGUUGCUGACGAGGAGGACAUGAAGCCUAUUAAGAUUGCCGUAGUGGGCGCCGGAGCUAUCGGACUCUCAACGGCUCUCUGUAUACAGGACCGGAUACGGAACUGUGACGUCAACCUAAUUGCUGACAAGUUCUCACCUAGUACCACCUCUGAUGGAUCCGCCGGUCUAUGGACACCUUUUCUGGUUCCAGAGGACCAAAUAGAGAUGGUCACACGAUGGAGUAUGGAGACGUACACGUACUUGCUGGAGAAGUUCCGAUCAGAAGAUGCCUAUAGAUACGGUGUUCAGCUUAUCUCAGGUUUUAACUUUUGUCAGGAAGUGAAAACGGACCCCCCUUGGUGUAAGGACGUGUUAGGGUUUAGACGUCUUGGAGAAGAGGAACUGAAACUUUAUCCCGGGAAAGAGUUUGGCAUUUUCUAUACAGCUUUUACUCUUGAUGUCCCUAGUCUACUCUCUUCAUUCAUGAGAAAAUUCAGGGAGCAAGGUGGAUUUGUGAUUUCAAAAAAAUUAGGAUCCUUACAAGAGAUCGAAUCCUCUUAUGACAUCAUUGUUAACUGCACUGGUAUUGGUUCUGCUGAAUUACUUAACGAUACAAAAGUCAAACCUAAAAGAGGUCAAGUAAUCCGGGUAAGAGCUCCUUGGAUUAAGCACUUCUACAUUGACAUAGAUAAAAAUGAUGACGUCACUUAUAUACUGCCUGGAAUAGAUACAGUGGUACUAGGUGGUACUGCACAAGAUGGUGACUGGAAUACAGAGGAUGACCCGGCAGACAUUGAAGGCAUUAUGGAAAGAUGUCUAAAAGUCAUGCCAAGCCUAAAGGACAGUAAACGGUUAGGUACUUGGGCUGGACUCCGUCCGUAUCGUGAAUCAGUACGGCUAGAAAUCGACAGAAACACAAACCCUUCCAAGACCAAGAUUAUCCAUAACUACGGCCAUGCUGGAGCUGGCCUGACAAUAUUCUGGGGUUGUGCCAAAGAUGCAGCAGAUUUAGUUAUGGAUCUUGUCAAGAUACAUAAAUCCAAAAUGUAAAAUGACAGUAUUCAAUCUAUAACAUAUCACAAUAGGAUCUCACAAUGGGAAGCCGUCACAGAGGAGUUUGGAGAAAUGUUAUUGGAAGCAUAAUCAGAAUCAUAUAAAGGGCAAUUUUAGUAUUUCUGUUGUUGUUUAAAAAAUACAAGUGAUUUACGAAAGAUUUUUUUUUUGUCGGACUGUGUAAUAUUCAAUUUCUAAACCAUUUUAUGUUAAUGGGAACUGGGAUAAGACAAACCAAUUAUGUCUACAACAAACCUAAUCACGAAGACUGCAUGGUCAACAUGUUUGUUUUCGACAAGCAGCUAUUUCUUCAAAAGUGUAAUAGUUAUAACAAUAAAAACAAGGGAAAUAAAACAUUUAUACAGAGUGUUUAUCAAAGUAAAAUGUGUUCCAAGCAUAAAGACAGCAAAUUUAAGCCGUUUAUUUUUUGUCACAGUUCCGGAUGUGAAUGAUAAAGGGAUUAUAUCAGUGUGUAACGCAUGCAAUGUUAAAUAGAAUAUACUCGUUUACGAUUAAA